AUGGCUCAGAAGCGAAUUCUCGUUAUUGGUGGAACCGGCGCCCAGGGUUUCGCAGUCGUCAAGGCUCUUGUCGAGGCAAAGGAUCCCUUCACCGUUCGCGUGCUGUCACGCAACCCAGACUCUGAGGGCGUUAAAGAGACUUUCAAGGACUACCCCCAGGUUGAGCUCGUCAAGGGCUCAUUCAUGGAUUUUGAUUCCGUCGAGAGAGCUCUUCAAGACUGCUACGGCGUCUUUGUCAACACUGAUGGCUUCACUGUCAACGAGCCGGACGAGCUUUGGGCUGGUGUCCGUAUCUUUGAGAUUGCAAACACCAUCCCAACUCUUCGCCAUUUUGUCUAUAGCAGCAUCGACUACUAUCUCCGUCUGACCAACUUUGACCACAAGUACGCAGCUCACCACACCAAUGGCAAAGGUCGUGUUCACACCUAUCUGGAUGGUAUGACUUCGCCUGCGCACCCCGACUCUAAGCUUGUGUGGUCGGUUCUCAUUACCGGUCCGUACAACGAGGAUCUCAUUGGCGGCCCUUAUGUGCCACACAUCGCCACCGACGGCACUCGCGUCUUCCGCUUCCCCUUGGGCGACGGAUACAUCCCCUUCAUGACGCUCCAAGAUUGCGGUGCCUUUGCGCUCCACAUGUUCCAGAACCGCGAGGAGUGGUCCGGCAAGACUCUCCUUGCGACCAGCCACUUGUCUACUGGCAAAGAAAUUGCCGAGACUCUGUCCCGCGUUGCCAGCGUCAAGGCCCGCUACGAAAACAUCACUGUCCAGGAAUGGGUCGAUACCUUGCCCUAUGCCGACGCCCCCGUGUCCAGCAUGUAUCCCGACGGAAUCACUGUGGGACAGAACUUUAGCAUGUGGUGGCCCGGCUUCGCAAACAGCAUCUUGAAGAACGAGGGCACGCGAGACUUGGCCGAGAUGAAGCGUAUCAACCCCAACCUCCAAAGCCUCGAGGAUUGGAUUCGUGAGUCUAAGUGGGAUGGCACUGCGCGCCAAGUGUUGAAGGGCUUCAAGGAUGGAGGCAUCACGGCAGACAUGCAGCAACUCAAGGCAGAGUGA